UAAUCUUUGUCAAUUUUCUGUCAUCUCAUCACAAAAUAAGUUUUAAUUUUUGCGUCGGCAAGCUAAAGCAGAGGUAUUGUUAAUAAUAAAAUGGCACUAGCAGAAAUUUGUAAAAUUUCCAAUGCUUCAUAUAUGAGGCCAUCUGCCUGGUGUUCGAGUGAAGUGGAGAACGAGCUUAAUGCAUUCACCAGUAACAUUGCAAACCCGUACACAUUGGCGGCUCCUCCAUUCGAGAAUCCACUUGAAAACUUAAACAAAAUCCAAGCAAAUGCUGAUAAAAGUGGCGUUAAGAUCAACUUUGAACACGGCACCACAACGUUGGGCUUCAAGUACCAAGGCGGCGUCAUAUUGGCCGUGGACUCGCGUGCGACUGGCGGUCAAUACAUUGGCUCGCAGUCGAUGAAAAAGAUUGUGGAAAUAAACCAAUUCUUACUUGGCACAUUGGCCGGUGGUGCUGCUGACUGCGUUUACUGGGAUCGCGUGUUGUCCAAGGAAUGCCGUCUGCAUGAGCUGCGAAACAAGGAACGCAUCUCAGUGGCAGCCGCCAGCAAGAUAAUGGCCAACAUUGCUCACGAGUACAAAGGAAUGGGCUUAAGCAUGGGCAUGAUGUUAGCUGGCUAUGACAAGCACGGACCUGGCCUGUACUAUGUAGACUCGGAAGGAUCCCGCACUCCCGGCAAUGUUUUUUCAGUUGGCAGCGGUUCGAUUUAUGCUUUUGGUGUUCUCGAUUCUGGCUACCAUUGGGAUUUGAAAGAUGCAGAAGCACAGGAGCUGGGUCGCCGUGCCAUCUACCAUGCAACGUUCCGUGAUGCCUACUCCGGCGGUAUAGUCCGCGUAUACCACAUGACCCAAAAUGGUUGGAUUAAAAUAUCAGAAACAGAUUGCAUGGAGCUGCACUACAAAUACAAGGAGCAGAAGGAGGCAAAGUAAUAUUUUAUACUUACUAUAUGCACAGCAAAUAAAUAAAUGUGAAAAGGGAAUUC